AUGGCGAUAAACCACUCUCCGAAAAGCACGACCACAGAUCCCGCAAUAGCAUCGGAAUUGCACCAUGCUGAUCUCUCAUACGUUGUCAAUCGAGUAAUUACCGCAGACUCUCAUCGGCAGGAGACAUUCGAAACUGAAGUACCUCCUGGUCUAAGCCGACUGAGACAGUUUUCAAUCAUUUUUCUAGUUCUUCUGUGCAAUUUGAUCCAGUAUGCUUCUCAGUUCUCAACGGUAGCUGGUGGGUAUGAGUUCAGCGCGAGACUCGGCGUGGAAGUCGGACCAGGCAAAGCUAAUUGGAUGGCUGCGGCAUACGGACUCACCCAGGGUUCCUUCGUUUUGAUUAGCGGUCGACUAGGAGCCGUGUAUGGCCACCAAAGACUAUUGAUAUUGGGAGGCGCCAUCCUGGUCGUCUUCUCACUUUGCAAUGCUUUCUGCAACACAUAUGUUUCUUUCAUUGUUAUGCGGGCUUUGACUGGAGUUGGCGGUGGCAUUCUGAUGCCAAAUGCUGUCGCGACUCUCACAAUCAUGGUACCACCUGGCAAGGCUCGGAACUUCACUUUGGCUACCUUUGCUGCAUCACCACCAGUUGGUGCGAUGAUAGGAGCGUUGAUUGCUGGUGCUGUGUUAAAAUACACGGAGUGGAAGUGGCACUUUAUCAUCUUAUCAUGUCUCGGAGCAGUUUUCUUUGGAAGUCUAUUUUUUACCUUCCCUCCUGAGGACCCAGUUGAUAAAAAUGGAAAAAUUGAUGUCAUAGGAGCACUUUUGGGGCUUAGUGGGCUUUUGCUGUUCAGUGUUGCCUGGAAUCAAGCGCCUUCAGUUGGGUGGCAAAAACCUGCGGUUAUUGUCAUAAUAAUUUUAUCGGUGCUCUUAAUUGCAUCCUUUUUUGUAUGGGAAAGUCGGUUUGCAAUUGAGCCGAUAAUGCCUUUGACAGCCUUCAAAGCACCGAGCUUCAAUGCCCUGGUCUUCGUCGUUCUGUUUAUUUACAUGUCUGUUGGAAUUUUACUGUGGUAUAUGGUUGCAUGGGAACAGUUAAUCCGGGACUGGACAGUGCUGCACAUUGCAGUCGGCUGGAUCCCUUAUGGAAUUGGGGCUUCAGUUGCAGUAAUCACAGCCGCAUGGCUGAUUACACUCCUAGAAGCGCAAUACGUCCUCGCAUUGGGAUGUUUGACUUCGUUUGCUGCCAGUGUAUUGCUGGCAACAAUGCCAGAGCAGCAACUCUAUUGGAUGCAGGUAUUUCCGGCUACAAUAUUAGGCAGUCUCUGCCCUGACUUUGUCUACGUUGCAGCGCAGAUAAUUGCCAGCAACUGUGUUGAAAAGCACGAGCAGGGCGUGGCUGGCAGUCUGAUUGGAACUUUGAAUCUUUACGGUAACAGUCUAGGCCUUGGCUUUGCUGGUACAAUUGAAGGCCAGGUUUCUAAAAGAACAAACAAUGAAGUAGCAGGGUUCCGUGCUGCACUGUGGUUUGGGGCUGCAUUAGCUGUGGCUGCACUGGCUCUUGAUCUAACAUUUGUGAGGCUGCGCCAUGUGGACCGUGAAGACUGGGACUCGCCUCGACCUUUGGAUCCUGAGGCUACGGAAGUUAGACGAUAA